GACAAAGAAGAAGAACCAGAAACAGGAAGUUGCGUCUAAUGUGAGAAACUGCAGGCUAGUGAACAUGAAUAAAGCUUUACAGCUUCUGUUGCUGCCUAAUUAGUAAAACUCUUCGUUCCCUCUUUAUCUGCUGAGACCACGGACAGCAGUACUUAAAUCGGGUGCAUCAAGCUCUCUGAAGUUUCUCCAUUCAUCCACUCGUCAUGGUGGACUACUACCAGAUUUUGGGAGUACGAAUGGAUGCGUCUGCAGAUGACUUAAAGAAAGCAUACAGAAAGCUGGCUCUGAGGUGGCAUCCGGAUAAAAACCCAGAGAACAAGGAGGAGGCUGAAAAGAAGUUCAAGGAGUUGUCAGAGGCUUACGAAGUCCUGUCAGAUGCCAACAAGAGGAGCAUAUAUGAUCAUUACGGCAAAGACGGGUUGACAGGGAGCAAUGGCGGAAGAGGAAACCACUUUCACAAUGGAGAGCAUUUCCACGAGCCAUUCACAUUCCGUAACCCAGAAGAUGUUUUCAGGGAAUUCUUUGGUGGAAGAGACCCAUUCGCAGAUUUUUUCGGUGCAGAUCCUUUUAGUGAUGAUCCAUUUUUCAGCAGUGGUCGGCAGCAGCAAAACCGGGCAAGUCGCAACCGAACAAGUGGCUCAUUUUUCGGGGGCUUUGUUGGUUUUCCUCCUUUUGGUGCUGGCUUCUCACCUUUCAACCCAGGCUUUGGUUCUUUUGGCUCCAUGAGCACCAUGGGUCACAUGAGUCAUAUGGGUCACAUGGGUCACAUGACAACAAUGGGAAAUCUGGGAGGUGGAGGCUUCACUUCCUUCUCCUCAGCCUCCUUUGGAGGAGGAGGUGGAGGAAGCAUGGGUAACUUCCGCUCUAUGUCCACCUCCACCAAGAUCAUCAACGGCAGGAAGAUCACUACGAAAAGAAUUGUGGAGAAUGGUCAGGAGCGGGUGGAGGUGGAAGAGGAUGGACAGCUGCGGUCACUAACCAUUAACGGGAAGGAACAGUUGCUGCGACUGGAACACAAGUGAAGACACAAGCAUCCUCUGCUGGAGAAGUGUUACCUCAGCACAAACAUCCCAACAAACUUGAGCUGGAAACAGAAAGGAAAAAAUGCAACAAAACAAUGUAAUAAUAGUGCUACUAUUAGUUGGAUGUACAUACUUUAUUUCCCUUCAUGUUCUCUGCCUGCUGACUCAUUAAUUAACCACCGAUUCAAAUCAGAGGAUUGGGAUGCAGGCUUUUCUAUGCAUUUUUUUGAGUGUAUUUCUGAAUUGGAGCUGUCCUUAUAUUUUUGCUCAGGGUGGUGUUAUUCUUUCAGUGUUUGGGACCACAGUAUUGUUUUGAUAUGACCAGACCCCUUCUCUUGCAGUACUUUCUGUAUACACUCCACUAUGUCAUUCUGUGUGCAGACAGCACACAUUGUUUUCAGAAAACAAUAUGACUGCUUUUUCAUCUGAAUGGAAAAAUAUGUUGACUUUGAUUUUAAAUAGUGAGUAGGAAUAACUGAAGAGUUGUCCCCCCUCUCUCUUUACUGCUUGUCUAACCUCUUCUUGUUAAUUCUUUUUUAUUUAUAAAAUACAAUGCUGGUAGGAUGAGUUAUGCAAUUUUAUAUGUUCUAAUACCAAUAUGUUUUGGUUUAUUUGAUUAUGCAUGUACUCCUGUUGAUGUUGGGUCUUAAUGUUAAACUGCAUUAUGAUGCACAAAUGAUGGAAGGCGUUCAACAAAUUCUAUAUGAAUAUCGAAGGAAUUUUGUGUACUUUGUAAACCAAUAAAUCUUGAGUUCCAUCUUGUUUUCAGGAUGCUAAAAUCA